UGAUGCAACAUCCUUUCUUGACUUCAGUCGCAUGCUAUUUUCUGUAAAUGUUACCUUAUCUUGAUGUGUAAAGCUACAAACAUAUUAGUUAAGCACUGACUAGCUGAUUCGACUUCAUUUGAUCUCGGGAAUCCUUCAAUUUCUUUUAUAUAUGUUAUUUCUAGGUAAUUCCGUAAUCUAAAUCGUAGCCCACACGUGCAAGUGAGUCUCUCGAAAUGUGAAGAAAUAAAUGUUGCUUAUCUGGAUUUUGUCUUAUUGGUCGUGGGAGUGAUGUUUAUUUAUUUCAACCGAAUUUCAUCUUGUCUUUAUUAGUUGAAAUAUUUUGUAGAAAAUAACACCCACCAAAUCCCAGUAAAUUUGAUUUAAGUAAAUCUGGGAAUGAAAAUUCUUAGGAAAUACUACUAAAUAAGAGCCCCAAUUCUCGACUUAGAUCUCUAACAGUAGAUUCCCUAUAUUUCUCUAACCAUUGUCUCCUGAACCAAGCGACUCCAUUCUUACCCUGCUUACACAGCCAAGAAAUCAUGCGUCUUACUGCACCGCCUUAUUUACGGGGUGUAGCCAUGAAGAGGCCUGCAUCUAGUCAGCAAGUGGAGAUUUCAUCAGACGACGACUCGUCUUCAUCUGAAGCGGAAAAUGAUGAUUCACGGAGCCAGAAGCCAAAUGACGAACCUGCCCUAGAAUUAUCUGCUGAAGCAUGGCUGUUCAGAAGAGCAGCAAGCUACCAAGAAUACAUGAAGUCGAUCCCGAUACCGACUAAGCGGAGCGCUGUUAUUCCCUACACGUCGUGGACCGGACUCGGAGCCUCGAUGAAGCAGAUGUACGAGCAGCCUCUGCACUACCUCACCAACAUCCACUUGCAGAGGAUGGACCGGGAGAGGCUCGGAGCAGAGGACGAGGACGUCCCACUCGACUUGAUCAUCCAUCCUUGUAAAGCCGAGGUGACCAUCUGGCUCGUCGAAGAGAUACACCGACGAACCUCGUCUCCGCAUCACCUCGCUCAGCUCUGGGCAGCUGACCCUAUGUAUCAUGCUUUUAUAGACGCCAUUUUCCCAAAGCUUGGAUCUUGAAUUUUAGUUUGGGAUAAUUUGUAGCUUUGAUUUCAA